UUUGCUUGAAAUUGAUUUCGAACAUCGUUGGAUGCGAUUUGUUGAAUUUGUUGAACCAUUCCCUAAGGUGCAUCGAUAUGCAAUAGAAAUGCUUUACCCUACAUGUCAUAGCUGGGCGGUCUGCUAUACUCAAACUCACUUUACCGCUAGUAUUCAAAGUACCCAGAGAGUAGAGGGCAUAAAUGCCAUUAUUAAGAGGGAAGUUUCGCAUAGCUUAACUUUGUUAUAUUUAAUAGAUGCUAUACAGAACCGUCUAGAUGAAGAAGCACGAUAUGCCAGGAUAAGUGAACAGAAAAAUAUGAACCCUUCUAUAGGUCUUCCUCAUAUCGCAAGCCAGUAUUUUUCGGGCAUUGAUUCCUUACUUAAAGAGUAUUUAACUCUGCACAUUCUUUCUCUUCAAUAUAACUUUCCGCUUGAACCAGAGGACAUUACUGAGAAUGAAUGUCUUGAAGAUGAUUAUGAAAGGCGUCAAACAAGUCUUAAGGUGUUGCUUCGCACCUUACAACGUGAAGAUGUUGAGCAAAUUUGGAUUGUUACGCCCCAAGGAUUAUUUCCUAGCCACUUUAACAAUCAUGUUGUAAUACUUACAGACGGUUCAUAUUUGUGCACCUGUCUCACCUUAAAUAGUAAGAUUAAUGAAGAAGAUAAGGAUAUUGCUUUGCUUCCAUCAAUUAGACUAUGUAAACCUAACCAACCUUCGGCAUCUAUUAGCACUUCACAUGUGGUUGAUUUUCGACACUUGUCACGUUUUCGUGUAGAUAAUAUACUUACUCCUGCUUUACAGAAAUCUGUUAGUGAAAAAAUGUGUUGGUCUAAAGGAUAUGGACUAUCAAAAAAGGCGCUAAAUCUGAUGAUAAGACUUAACUGUGAUGAGAAAUUUUUUGAUAUGAUGGAGGGAUUUAUUUCAUCCAAAACGCAUGUAUUAAAACUUGCUAAUGAAGAAAACAAUGAUUCUGAAUCUACUCGACCUAUUGCUGAGUCUCAACCA